AUGGAUAAGCUGCUGCUUUGGGUCUCUGCCCUGGCCAACCUCCUGGGAGUCUUUGCUCACACGGACCUCAGUGGGAAGGUGUUUGUGUUCCCUCGAGAAUCUUCUAUUGCCUUUGUGACCUUGACCCCAAAGCUGGAGGACCCUCUGAAGAACUCCACCUUGUGCUUCUGAGCCUAAGGUGACCUGCUCCGUACCCACAGCCUCUCCUACAACGCCCCGGGCAAGGACAGUGGGCUCCUGGUCUUCAAGGACAAAGUUGGGAGUUACUCCCUGUACAUCGGAAGAACCAAAGCCACCUUCAAAGUGACCAAGAUGGCCCCCAGCCCCAUGCACAUCUGUACCAGCUGGGAGUCCUCCACUGGCAUCACCGAGUUUUGGGUCAAUGGGAAGCCGCUGGUGAAAAAGGGUCUGAAGCAGGGUUACACCCCAAGAUGGUCCUGGAUGCCUACGGGGGGGGGGGGGGGGUUUCAGAAGGCCCAGUCCUUGGUGGGGGAGAUCGGGGACUCGUACACGUGGGACUCUGUGCUGUCCCCAGAGCAGAUCCUACUGGUGCAACAGGGCUCCCACCUGAAUCCCAACGUCCUGGGCUGGUGUGUGCCGACCGAUGAGCUGAAAGGGCACGUCGUCAUCAAGCCCCUGGUGUGGAGCUGA